UAUUUUAUAUAUUGUACCAUAGACAUAAUUUAGAUCUAUAUUAUGUCUGUUCAUUGUACCUAUUAUAUUUUAAUUCUUUUAUAAUUUAUAAUAUUUUAUAUUAUAGAUACUUUAUAGGAAUUUUAUCACAUUCACAAAUCAGGAUUCAUGUAGUAAUUAGUAGUAUACAAUAUCACGAUCACAAUCACCAAACGACAAGUAAAGUGGGUUUUGGUUUUUGAGCAUUAUUUAUUGGGUGUAUACCCGCAACUUGCGCCCCCUAUGAUGCUCAACCUAUUACCUAGACGGCUAGGCAAAUGUUUCAAGCAGCUAGAUGCGUUGAUUCUGCCAAAUCUAAAGAACCAUGAUUAUUUGUGAAGAUCAUUUCAGUUUAAUUUCUGUGGAUCAUGUUGGAAUUAGAUUUACAAAACCAUACAACUUUUAAGUUUGUGGGAGCACCAUCAUUAAUGAACAAUGUCAUGCCAUACAUUUUUCAUUGUCCAGUAGACCUUAUGCAAGUAUCUACAUCAAAGUGUUGACUAUUAGACAAAAAAAGUAUUUUAUUGCAGUUCAAAACCAUUUUUUAUCAAAAAAGAGUUUCGACAUUAAUCCAUUGCCCUAGUCCUGCAGCUACAUACUGAGUGGGCGGAAGCCUAGAAAUGACGUCACCCUUCAACCCCCGCCCGACAUCUCUGUUAUUGAUUUUCACCCUUGCUUUCUUUGGCCAUGCACAGGCGCAACUUAAGGGGUAUACACAAGUAGUCUACUGGUGGAGGCUGAUGAGUUCGUGUCUGUAGGUCGAACAUUUUCACCACUGAUGUUGUGAUAUUUAAAUUACAGUCUUAUAGGGUAGGAGAAAAAUCAUUUAAAUAACGUCACAUCAUAGGUACGAUCAUAUAAGGCGUCAAUCAUGUCUUCUGUGAAAGUAGCCGUUCGAGUACGGCCUUAUAACAAUCGAGAAAUAUCUAGAGAUUGUAAAUGCAUCAUAGAAAUGGCUGGUUACACUACAUCUAUAACGAAUCCAAAACUUCCCCCUAAUGUUAAGGAUGCAACAAAAAGCUUUAAUUUUGACUAUUCUUACUGGUCUCAAAACCCUUCAGAUCCAAAUUUUGCAUCCCAGACUAUGGUGUAUAGAGAUAUUGGUGAAGAAAUGUUGCAGCAUGCUUUUGAAGGUUACAAUGUAUGCAUAUUUGCAUAUGGUCAAACAGGAGCUGGAAAAUCAUACACUAUGAUGGGGCGGCAAGAAGAAGAAGGCCAAGAAGGCAUAAUACCAUUGAUUUGCAAAGAUUUAUUUCACAGGAUUAGAUCAACUACCAGUGAUGAAUUACAAUAUUCUGUUGAGGUUAGUUAUAUGGAAAUAUACUGUGAACGUGUCCGCGAUCUAUUAAAUCCUAAAAAUAAAGGUAAUCUUCGAGUUCGUGAACAUCCUUUAUUAGGACCUUAUGUAGAAGAUUUAUCAAAACUUGCUGUUACUACUUACCAAAAUAUCCAUGAUCUCAUUGACGAAGGCAACAAAGCCAGAACAGUUGCAGCAACAAAUAUGAAUGAAACAUCUAGUCGUUCUCAUGCAGUUUUUACUAUAUUCUUUACUCAAAAACGGCUAGAUGAAAUGACUCAGCUAACUACUGAAAAAGUUAGUAAAAUAUCUUUAGUCGAUUUAGCUGGUUCAGAAAGAGCAGAUUCAACUGGUGCAAAAGGAACAAGACUUAAAGAAGGUGCAAAUAUUAACAAAAGUUUGACUACUCUAGGAAAAGUUAUAUCUGGAUUAGCUGAAAUGUCAGCUUCUAAAAAAAAGAAAAAAGGAGAUUUUAUUCCUUACCGUGAUUCCGUUUUAACUUGGCUUUUGAGAGAGAAUCUUGGGGGAAAUUCUAAGACAGCAAUGAUUGCUGCUAUUAGUCCUGCAGAUAUUAAUUAUGAUGAAACAUUAUCUACUUUAAGGUAUGCUGAUCGUGCAAAACAAAUAGUAUGCAAAGCUAUUGUUAAUGAAGAUGCUAAUGCUAAACUUAUCCGAGAACUCAAAGAAGAAAUACAAAGACUUCGAGACUUAUUAAAAGCUGAAGGAAUCGUAGUACAAGAAGGUGGUAAAAUGGUUUAUGGGAAACUAAAAGAAAACCGAGAUGACGGAGUAAAAAUGCUUAAGGAUGGUGAUGAAAAACCUAAUAUUCCUUCAUCUAUGAUUGCUGAAGAGGCUGUUGAUCAACUUCAAGCGAGUGAAAAAUUGAUUGCUGAACUGAAUGAAACAUGGGAAGAAAAAUUAAAACGUACAGAAGAAAUAAGAAUUCAAAGGGAAGCUGUAUUUGCUGAAAUGGGAGUAGCGGUUAAGGAAGAUGGUGAUACAGUUGGAGUUUUUUCUCCACAAAAGACUCCACAUUUAGUCAAUCUAAAUGAAGAUCCAUUUAUGUCUGAAUGCCUUAUAUACUACAUCAAAGAGGGUGUAACACGUGUUGGAUCUGCUGAAUCUAAAAUCACUCAAGAUAUUCGACUGUGUGGCUCAUAUAUACAGCGUGAACAUUGUCGGUUUGAGAAUUCUAAUGGUGUUGUUACUUUGAUACCGAUAAAAGGUGCCUUAUGUUAUGUAAAUGGACGAGAGCUUACAGAACCUAUUGUCUUGAAAACAGGUUCAAGGGUGAUUCUUGGAAAAAAUCAUGUUUUCCGAUUUAAUCAUCCAGAACAAGUGAGAGAGCGCAGAGAAAAUAAAAACAAGACAGAAGCAACGGCAGAAAAUAUUAAAGAAAUCACAUCUAAACCAGAAAAGAGUUCUCCUGCUGAAACCCCAAUAAGUAAUGAGUAUGUUGAUUGGAACUUUGCACAAAUUGAAUUAUUAGAAAAACAAGGAAUAGACCUGAAACAAGAUAUGAAACUAAAGCUAAAUGCUCUUGAGGAACAAUUCAAAAAAGAUAAAGAAACGGCAGAUCAAAUAUUUGAAGAACAACGCAAAAAUUAUGAGGCUAGAAUAGAUGCACUUCAGAAACAAGUUGAAGAACAAAGUAUGACUAUGUCAAUGUACAGUUCUUAUACUCCAGAUGAUUUUAUUCAAGAAGAAGAUAUUUUUGUUAACCCAUUGUUUGAUGCUGAAUGCAAUUGGACUGACAAAGAAUAUCAGUUAGUUUUGACAACCUGUCGUAAAUGGAAGUAUCACCAAUUUACAUCCUUGCGAGAUGAUUUAUGGGGAAAUGCUGUCUUUUUAAAAGAAGCCAAUGCUAUAUCAGUCGAAUUAAAGAAAAAAGUUCAAUUUCAAUUUACGUUGUUAACAGAUACUUUGUAUUCUCCAUUACUUCUGGAUUUCUUGUCCGAUGAUGAUGAUGUAGAUAGACCAUUCCCUCGUACAUAUGUUGCAAUCGAAGUACUUGACACAAAAAAUGGUGCUACCCAUUAUUGGACAUUAGAUAAAUUAAAAACGAGGUUGGAUCUUAUGCGCCAAAUAUAUAAUGGGGAUAUUGAAAGCCCCCAGAAUUCACCUUGCGAGCUCAAGGAUGAUUUUUUCCAAUGUCUGACUGCCUGCACCCCUAACAAGUCUUUCUCCUAUUUGAUACCCUCAAGACAAAGAUUGGAGCUUAUGAGAGAAAUGUAUCAAAAUGAAGCUGAGAUGUCGCCUACAUCACCAGACUUUAAUAUAGAAGCAAUUACAGGUGGAGAUCCAUUUUAUGAUAGAUUUCCAUGGUUUAGACUUAUUGGCAGAGCGUUUAUCUAUUUAAGCAAUCUUAUGUAUCCUGUACCCUUAAUUCACAAAGUAUCAAUCGUUAAUGAAAAAGGUGAUGUCAAGGGUUACCUUCGUGUUGCUAUACAAGCAGUUUCAGAAGACGAGACUUCUGAUAAUUCUUGUGGAGUAAGACAAUUUGCAAAAAUUUCUUUUAAUGACAAAGAUCUGUUAGGCCGGUUGUCUGGGAAAAAAAAUACUGAUAUUAUUGAAAGGAUUGUCACAGGAAAAAGUAGCAACAAAGGAGAUGAAAUUGAAGCGGAUGGCGAUAGUGGUCAUGGAGAUAGUUCUAUGUCCUCUGAUAACAAAGAUGAAGAACUUCCAAGUCACCUGUUAAUUAGUAAAGAUUUUACAUUUAGAGUUACCUUAUUACAAGCUGUUGGUGUUCCCGACGAAUAUGCUGAUAUUUUUUGUCAAUUCAAUUUCUUGCAUAGACAUGAUGAUGCAUUUUCUACUGAACCUGUAAAAAAUUGUGGUAAAGGCACACCUGUUGGAUUUUAUCAUGUUCAAAAUAUUACUGUUCCUGUUACAAAAUCAUUUAUAGAAUAUAUAAAGACACAGCCAAUUGUAUUUGAAGUAUUUGGACAUUAUCAAAAACACCCACUUCACAAUGAUGCUAAACAAGAUAGUACUUUUGUUCGGCAGCCUCCAAGAAGAAUGUUACCUCCAUCAAUACCCAUUAGUUUACCAGUGCGUUCUCCAAAGUUUGGAGUAUUGCCUUCAUUGUGCACAUCACAUAUACAUGCCAAGUAUGAUUUACUGGUUUGGUUUGAAAUAUGUGAACUUGGUCCUGAUGGGGAUUAUGUACCUUGUGUGGUUGAUCAUAGUGAAGAGCUACCAUGUCGUGGACUGUUUAUGCUACAUCAAGGUUUACAGCGCCGUAUACGUAUUACAGUAGUACAUGAAACUGCUCCAGAGUUACGUUGGAAAGAAAUACGGGAACUUGUUGUGGGUCGUAUUCGCAAUAUACCUCAAUCAGAAGAUGACGAUACAGACAAUUCAGUGCUCUCGCUUGGCCUAUUUCCUGGAGAAUACCUUGAAAUACCUGGUGAAGAUCGAUGCAUGUUUCGUUUUGAAGCAGCAUGGGAUAGUUCAUUACAUAAUUCUGUACUUCUUAAUAGAAUAUCAACUGGUGGAGAACACAUCUUCAUGACUAUAUCAGCUUAUUUAGAGUUGGAAAACUGUGGAUGUCCAGCAAUAAUUACCAAAGACUUAAGCAUGGUUAUCUAUGGUAGAGAUGCACGUACGGGACCUAGAUCCUUGAAACAUUUAUUCAGUGGCAAUUACAAAAACAGUGAAGCAAAUCGGUUAUCUGGCAUUUACGAACUUGUGCUGAAAAGAGCUUCAGAAGCAGGUAGUCCAGGUGUCCAAAGACGACAAAGACGUGUUUUGGAUACAAGUUCGACAUAUGUCCGAGGUGAAGAAAAUCUUGAAGGUUGGAAACCACGUGGUGACAGUUUAAUAUUUGACCAUCAAUGGGAACUGGAGAAACUUACCAGACUCGAAGAAGUAGGCCGUACAAGACACAUGAUUCUUCUUAGAGAACGCCUGGGUCUUGACAAAGUACCAAUUACCAAAUCUGAAAAGGAGGUAUGUAACAUAAUAGCCAAAGCAUCAAGUUCCACUAAAGAUAUAAUGAGGCCGCCUAGUCCUGUGGCAUUGCGCAAUAUUGACCCUAGUGUUUACGAACCUUGGCAGAUGAAUGAGAGAGAACGAUUCUUGGCUACCAAAUGUAUCAAGCUUAUUCAAGGAAGAAUCCCAUCCAAAGAAAAUUUGUUACAAUCUUACACCAAUGUACUAACUCCUACUGAAGAUAAAACAGAUUCAAACAUCAGUCAUUCAUCAAGUUGUGUUACCAUUUCAAAUCAUGAAUUAUUUUCUCCGGACCGUAGCCUUCAACGUGGUUCAAAUAUGAGUGACUCUAUAUACCUUAAUCAAGAUGUUAUGAUUUCUUCUCAUUCAUCAACAUCUGAACCACAACUCGUGUUAUAUGUGCCAGAAGUUGAAGAGAUAAGAAUUAGUCCUGUAAUUUCGAGAAAAGGUUAUCUGAACAUACUAGAACAUAAAACUAAUGGAUGGAAGAAACGAUGGGUGACAGUUAGACGUCCAUAUGUGUUUAUAUUCAGAGAUGAAAAAGAUCCAGUAGAAAGGGCACUGAUCAACUUAACUACAGCUCAAGUUGAAUAUUCUGAAGAUCAAUUAGCCAUGGUCAAAGUACCAAAUUCAUUCAGUGUCGUUACCAAACAUAGAGGCUAUUUAAUGCAAACAUUAUUAGACAAAGAAGUGUAUGAAUGGCUGUAUGCCAUAAACCCUCUUUUAGCCGGUCAAAUUCGGUCGAAAACAUCGCGGCAAAUAAUGCCAAAUGGACAAAAUCAAAAGCCUGCAUUUGUGUCCAACCCAAUUGACACACAUCAAUAAAUAUCAAAAAUUUAUGCAUACUUUUUUCUAUACCUAUGUGUAUAUUUGUUUGUGUAUGUUCUAAAAUGUUAAAUUUAAUCACAUUUAAAUAUCAGCACUGUUGUUUUGCGAUAUACCAUUUAGUAAUGUGCCAUUGAAAUGUUGCGCUUUAUUUUAUUAUGCUGCCAAAACACGUAUGAUUGCUUUAAAAAAGGUUUAAUACAUUUUAAAUUUUAAAACAAAGGUUGUGAAAUAGUCGAUUCAAUAUUGUAUAGUUAUCGGUAUUUCUUAUCUCUUCUUUUGUAUACCGAUACAAACUAUUACUUAAAAGUAAAAAGCAUAAAAGAUCAAAUAAUACUAUUUUUAUUAUUUCUUCAAUCAUUAUUGUGAUAUU